ACGCCAGCGCCGGCCGCGCAAACCCUGCCCGAGUCGGCGAGGCCCCGCCCCCGGUUCGCUGCGUGAUGACGUCAGCGGCGGCGUGCCCCUGUGCCUGAGCCGAGGAGACCCCGCAGCGAGCUGCCAACGCCCGGCGGAGACGCGGAGGUUCACAUUGGAGUUGAUACUAUAGCAGACGUCAGCUAUGCAGACGAUUAAGUGCGUAGUCGUGGGCGAUGGUGCUGUUGGUAAAACCUGUCUCUUAAUUUCCUACACAACAAAUAAAUUCCCAUCGGAAUAUGUACCAACGGUUUUUGAUAACUAUGCUGUAACAGUGAUGAUUGGAGGAGAGCCUUACACCCUAGGCCUCUUUGAUACCGCAGGUCAGGAAGAUUAUGAUAGAUUACGACCUCUCAGCUAUCCACAGACAGAUGUAUUUCUGGUCUGUUUUUCAGUGGUGUCUCCUUCUUCAUUUGAAAAUGUGAAAGAAAAGUGGGUACCUGAAAUUACUCACCAUUGUCCAAAGACUCCUUUCCUGCUUGUUGGGACCCAAAUUGAUCUAAGAGAUGAUCCCUCAACAAUUGAGAAACUUGCUAAGAACAAGCAGAAGCCUAUAACUCCAGAGACGGCUGAAAAACUGGCCCGGGACCUGAAGGCUGUUAAGUACGUGGAAUGCUCUGCACUUACGCAGAAAGGCCUAAAGAAUGUAUUUGAUGAGGCGAUAUUGGCUGCCCUGGAGCCUCCGGAGCCGAAGAAGACUCGCAGGUGUGUGCUGCUAUGAACGUCCCUCCACAGCCCCUUCUGCAAAGCUGGUGUUUGAUGUCAUACUAAAAGCAAUGUUUAAAUCAAACUAAAGAUACAAAUUUUAAAAUUUGUUUUUGCAAUAAUGACAAAUGCCCUGCACUCCCAUCUCCCCCACACGAUCCCUGUGUGAGAUGAGAAUGUUAGUGUUUAUUCCCCAGUGUCCCCUCAAUUCAGUUAAACUAGUUAAUUUUGAGUAAUUAUGUAGUAUCGGAAAACACUGAUCAAUACUAGUUUUUUAUUUUGUUUACUUGUUUCUAAUUUUUUUGUUUAAAAUCCAGCCAUGCUUGUGAUGACUUUUUUCUGUAACAGACUAAUUCUAGGCUGUUUUAUUGAAGCCUUGUCCCUUAUAUCAAUCAGUCUGGCAAGACUUGGUUCUGGUUUCAAGAACUCCUAUGGCUGUUCUGCAGUCAGCCAUCAGCCCGUGUGUCAGCAGACUUUUGUGCUACAGGCAAAUACAGGAAAAUAAGAUGUCCCAAGCUGGUGCUCAUCUGAGGAGGAAUGUAGAAAAUGCACCUGCAUCUCCUCUGAAUUUGCCUCUUAUCUCUCCUGGCUUUCUACUAUGCAGGUCGUAAAUUUCUACCCUAUUCUCUAAGUUACAGUCUUAGGAAUAGAAGAAUCCUUUUCUCUGGAUGCACCAUCAGACUUGAAAUUAGCUUGCCAGUCUCUUCCUCAACUUUUUGUCACAAGAUGAAGAAAUAACAGCAUGUUUUUAAACAUGCCACACUAACUCAGUUGGCUUUUAACAAGUCCAUCUUCUGCCAGUCCUUAAUUAUUUGAGAAAUGCUUAAAAUGACCAGUGUAUACACUGCUGCUUAGACAUUGAAAGGACCCAGUGUGCAUUAAAAUGAGUUUUGGAGCUGGUCUUGGUGGUGCAUCUUGUGCUGGGUGGGCCAGCAUUCUUCAAGGAGGGGUGGAAAUACAGACCUGUGUCAGUAGGAAGGAACUGCAAGGAGGGCUCUUGGAGGGUUUUCUAGUGUUUAGUGUGGCACCAUGUAGGGACCAGUUAAGGGAAUCCCCUUUUUCUGCAUUUUGUUUGUAAGUAACAUUGAACCUGCAAGAUGGGCUACAGUCCUUUAAGGAUUGUGUGCAGGAUCUUUAUGUAGACUGCAGUGUUAUUAAGGAUUUUACCAAAAACCACAUUUUGGCUUGCAAUUUUUUUUCUUUUAAGACUUAGGGAAUCUUCCUCAUCUUCCCAAACUCCAAUUUCUUGUCAACUCAUUAGUAUUGAACCAUUGCUUUUUCAUGUCUAAGUUCUUUGUAUAUGCAUUCUUUUCAGAUGUAUUAAACAUAAAAUAUCUUCACGA